AUGGAGUUAAAACCUCAGGACCUAAGGAAUGGCAUCAUGGUGACAGAGUUUCUCCUCGUGGGCUUUGAGCAGAGCUCCCCUUCCACUCGGGCAUUGCUCUUUGCCCUCUACAGCCUUGCCAUGGCCAUGAAUGGCCGCAUCAUCUUCAUCACCUGGACAGACCCCAGGCUCAACAGCCCUAUGUACUUCUUCCUUGGCCACCUGUCCUUCCUGGAUGUCUGCUUCACCUCCACCACCAUCCCACAGAUGCUGAUCCACCCGAUGGUGAAGAACCAUAUUGUCUCCUUUGUCUCUUGUGUGACCUAGAUGUACUUGGUCUUCUGUGUGGGUGUGGCUCAGUGCAUCCUCUUGGCUUUCAUGGCCUAUGACCGUUAUGUUGCUAUCUGCCCCCCACUUAGCUAUGCCCAGAUCAUGAGCCAGCAGGUCUGUGUGAGGCUGGUGAGUACUGCCUGGUUCUUCAGGCUGAUCAAUGGCAUCUUUCUUGAGUAUAUGUCAUUCCAAAAUCCCUUCUGCAGAGACAACCACAUAGAAAACUUCUUCUGUGAGGCCCCCAUAGUGAUCACCCUCCCUUGUGGAGACCCCCAGUUUAGUCUGAGAGGCAUCUUUGCCGAUGCCAUCGUGGUGCUGCUCAGCCCCAUGGUGCUCAUUGUCAUCUCUUGUGCCCGCAUCCUGGCCUCCAUCCUGGGCAGAUCCUCCUCCGCUGGUUGGGGGAAGACCUUCUUUACUUGUGCCUCCCAUCUGGCUGUGGUCAUUUUUCUCUACACCUCAGCCAUGUUCUCUUACAUGAACCCCCGCAGCAUACAUGGUCCUGACAAAGACAAGCCUUUCUCUCUCCUCUACACCAUCAUCACCCCCAUGUGCAACACCAUCAUCUACAGUUUUCGAAAUAAAGAAAUGAAAGGGGCCAUGGUGAGGGCCCUUGGGAGGAGCAGCCUUUCCCAGGCAGAGUCUGUCUAG